CGGAAUUUGGUUUGGGCAUUUCUUCCAUCUGGCCAUUUGGGUGAAAUUUGUAGAAACCAUUUCCAUUGGGAACUGUGAACGACGCAGAGACGAUUUGCCAGCGCUGAACACUGUAAUAACUGACGCUACGCACACACACACAUUUGCGCCUUCAUUACCACCAACAGCACGAGUACUUGUUUGACUAUGCCGGCAACCUAUUUGCGAAUAACGAUAACACCACAUCGGCCGGGGUCUUUGCCGGGGUACGACGGUGACCGGCGAGUCGAGUGGUCCAUUGCCGAAGACGCCGUCUCCAUUGCAGAGGCACAGCGCAAGACGAGGGAUGCCCUGAGGGUUUUGCGGGCGUUUUGGGAGGAAGGGGCUCCGGGUGGCUUGCGGUUUGCAGAGUUUGCCAAAACAGUAUUGGCGGAUGGUCCGAGCUCGCCAACGACACCUGUACCAACUACAAGAGGCAAGCUGGGUUCUAGCGAGGACGGGGAUGAUGACUCAGGAGAGGAUCAAAUCGACUUGGUGGAUCCACUAGCGGAAAAGCUCGUUCGUCACCCCAAUGUACUUCCCGCAUUCCUCUCGGAUCUCCGCGACUGGGAUUCCUUUCGGUUAUUGUUGCGCCGGCAUGGAGGCGAGGUGCCUUUUGAAGGAAAUGGCUCGCCGGUGCAGGCCGUAACGUCUCGUGCUAAUGCUGCUGGUGGUGACUUGAACACUGCCCUCGUGCAGUCCAACGCGGCGACAGCCGAUAAUAGCAGCACGAGUGAACACUCGUCCUCGUCAUCUCCACCUUUGACACAACCUCCCCCUGGCGCCACGUCGGUUCUCCUCUCAGCCCUUGCCACCCGCGAACGUCAAUGGCAAGAUGAGCGUGCUUCGCUCCAUGCCGCUCUCUGGGCCGCUGGAGAGCAGGUUCGUACAUUGGUAGCAACACUCACAGACGCUCUGGAAAAAGUGGCUGCCAUUUCGGAUGGCGCAACCGACUGCAACUCGGUCCCGUCUCGUACUUCCAAAACAGUGCGAUGGGACGAACUCGUUCUCAAACGCGAGGUCAUACGCGAAAGUGCCGCACAGUGGGGUCUUGGCCCGUCAGACGGUAACCAUUUGGACUGGAGGGAAGCAGAGUGGCUCAAGGAACUCGCUAAGCAGGAGCAAGUAGUUCGUGCCCGUGGUGACUCGGGCCCAGGCUUAAAUUUCUCUCUUGAAGAUAUCUUGGCAGUUGUGAAAGCUGGAAGGCGACUGACCAAUCAUGGCGCUACGGAUGAAAAGGACGGUUACAUGUAUGUGACUGAACAACACAACGACGACGACCAUGACGAGGAUGACGAUACUGAAGAGGAUAUCGAGGAUGACAUGGUGGAUGCUCGGCAAGCUCCCUUACCACACGGCAACAGUGGACCAACCGCAUCCGUCAUUGAUCUCAACGGUCAUGCUCAACAAGAACGACAGCCGGACGAUGAGGACGAAGACGACACAGAGUCCGAGGACGAAACCAAUGCAGCCAUGCUCACGGCUCGAUUGGAACAACUCCGGAAAUUGGCUGAUCUGGCCGUUGCAAACGCGGCUGGAUCUGCAGACUCGGAACCCGUUCAAGGGGCAGCACCUUCCGCCGAGCAAGUGCAAGACGCUGUCCAUGUCCCAGCUGCCGCCCCGUUACCUCCCAUCGAAGAAGCGGAAGGCGAGCCCAACGACCCAUCAGCCUCCUCUGAAACUCCCAAAGCCGACACACCCAUCCUCAUUGCCUCUGGACGCCGCCCCCGCUCCCGUCCCUCUCUAGACACCCCACCCGUCCUCAUCGCCUCGGGACGCCGCGACCGCCCAAGCUCCACGGACUCUACCACUACCACUCCGCCUAAAAUGGAACCAACCCCCCCGUCCACCCCUCCCCCGAGCGUCGUUGACACCCCCGCCCAACUUGUAACAAAACAACGGGACGAACCCAUCACGUUUACGGAGGCUUUGGCUCUAGAUAAACUUUCUCCUGUAGAAAAGAAGCGGACUUCGAGCUUGGUGAAACGGGUCUGGAGAAAGAUGAGCGGAGAGUUUAAAGUCAAAUAGUCUUUUUGUAGAUUUCCGCAGGGUGGUAUUGAUUUUUUUCCUUUAUAUAAUGUUGAUUAGCUUUUAUUGUUUUCCUAUGUGUUUUGAGUUUUAUUAUGCUUCUUUUUGGAUUUAGCUUGUGAAUUGUCUUUUUUUUUUCUGGAGUUUUAAUAGUCUUGUUUUGUUAUGUUUCCUUUUUGCAUGUUUAAACAUUCCACUUGGUAUUUUAUGCACAAUGAGAUAUAAUCCCGCUCCUCUCUGUAACUCCAA